CUCAACGCCUCUCUCUCUCUCCCUCUGUGAUCAGUGGGUGAGAGGGGGGAGACGAGCAACACACACAGCGGAGAACCCGGCGUGCGCCUCCGCCAUCAUCAUCAUCACCAUCACCAUCACCACCAUCCUGUCAUCACAGCAGCGGUCCUGGAUCUGGAUCCUCUCACCUCGGUCCUGGAGACGCCUGAGUCUGCGGCAGCGCACCAUCUGCUCUAUCUGCAGCCUUCAUCUGAAUGACGGGCGGACGGUUUGACUUCGACGACGGUGGCACUUACUGCGGCGGGUGGGAGGAUGGCAAAGCCCACGGACACGGCAUCUGUACCGGACCUAAGGGCCAGGGCGAGUACGCCGGGUCCUGGUCGCACGGCUUUGAAAUAGUCGGGGUUUACACCUGGCCCAGCGGGAACACCUACAAGGGCUACUGGUCCCAGGGGAAGCGGCACGGGCUCGGUGUGGAGAAUAAAGGCAAAUGGAUGUACCGCGGGGAGUGGAGUCACGGUUUUAAGGGUCGCUACGGCGUCAGGCAGAGCCACAACACACCUGCGAGAUACGACGGCACCUGGAGCAACGGGCUGCAGGAUGGAUACGGCAUCGAAACUUAUGGUGAUGGCGGUACCUAUCAAGGCCAAUGGAUGGGUGGGAUGCGGCACGGCUAUGGCGUGCGUCAGAGUGUUCCCUACGGCAUGGCCACUGUUAUCCGAUCUCCUCUCCGUACAUCCAUGGCCUCCUUGCGCUCCGAGCAGAGCAACGGCGCGGUACUCCAGGACCUCUCCUCUCCCGCAGACACGCCGACAGGCAGCCGUGGUGGCUUCGUCCUUAACUUCCACUCAGACAGUGAGGUUGUCACCGGCAAGAAGAAAGGCCUGUUCCGCCGUGGCUCGCUCUUCGGGAGCCUCAGGCAGCUGCGUAAGUCUGAUUCUCGGACCUCGAUCUCCAGCAAGCGCAGCUCUGCAAGAAGCGACGCCACCAUGAGCCGCAUCAGCUCCAGCGAUGCCAACUCUUCCAUAUCUAUCGGUGACGGCGAACUGCCAGACGAGGACCUACCUCUGGAGGACCAUGUGGAUGCCACCACGACUGAGACCUACAUGGGCGAAUGGAAGAAUGAUAAACGCAAUGGAUUUGGUGUUUCGGAGAGAUCCAAUGGAAUGAAGUAUGAGGGAGAAUGGCUUAACAACAAGCGCCAUGGGUAUGGAUGCACGGUUUUCCCCGAUGGCACCAAAGAAGAAGGGAAGUACAAAAAUAAUGUGCUGGUGCGUGGAAUAAGGAAGCAGUUGAUUCCUCUUAAGAACCCAAAAACCAAAGAGAAAGUUGAUCGGGCUGUGGAGGGGGCACAGAGGGCUGCAGCAAUUGCCAGGAGUAAAGUGGAAAUAGCAGCUUCCAGGACGGCCCAUGCCCGGACAAAGAGUGAGGCUGCAGAGCAGGCCGCUAUCUCUGCCGUGCACGACUCUGAAAUUGCCAGGACGGUUGCCAGGGAGCUCUCCCCCAACUUCUACCAACCAGGACCUGACUACAUAAAACAACAGUUUAAGGAGCCUGUGGAGAUUAAAGAGGUUCCCGUCGAAAAGAAGGACAGCUCCCCGAGAGGUUCUCCUCACUUUUACCGCAAAGGUACGACUCCCCACCACUCCCCUGUGACCAGUCCUGUGGCCACACCUCCCCCCUCGCCCCACUCCAGCAAGAAGAAAGGUCAGGUCUCCAACAGCAACAACCGCAAAACCAGCAAAGAGGAAAAACCUUCAGGCAAAGAAGAGAAGCCAAGUCAUAAGACCAGCAAGGAAGAGCGAUCUAACAGAAAGCCCAGUAAAGAAGAGAGGCUGCCCGUCACUGAUGGCCCCAAAAGCUCUCACGUACACAUCGAGGCUCCACCUAAACCGACUAAGAUUCAGCAGCACCCAAACCUCUGCUCUCCUCCGCAUCCUCCUGCAGUUCCAGUCAACGGUCAGCUCCACACCCAGUACCACAGUUACUACGUCAAGACCCCAACAAAGAUCCCUCUACCCCCAGACCCAGAGGAGGAUCCAGAGGAAGAGCCUAGUGCCCUGGCCUUGGCACGCAUGCCCCCACAGCCCCCCAGGUCCUUUAGCACCCCCACUCCUAAGCCAGCCUCCAUACGGGAGAGCAAGGGCGACCAGAAACUCAGGAAGCAGGAUUCCCUAAAGCCAAAGAGCCUCGCAGACACAAAGAAAGCCAGUAUGGAGAUUGCAGAGAAUGCAGAAGAAAGAGGUCCUAACUCAAUCCUUGUUGCUAUGGUAAUGCUGUUGAAUAUUGGCCUUGCAAUUAUAUUUGUCCAUUUUCUGACAUGAUGAUGCUGUUUCUCUGUGAAGCCAUGGCAACUGGCACAGUUGCAUCACCGGCCUGGAAAAAUGAAAAUGGCGCCAGUGAGACACGGGGGUGGCCAUAGGUGUUUGGGAAUCAGCGUGACACCGAAGAGAAUCUCGAGGAAGGCAUCACUAACACCAACCUGUUAUGGGUCUUCUUAAAGAGCCAGCCCCGUGUAUUAGCACUACUUUGGCUUCUGUAAAAGCUGAGGUGAAAUGUUGUGUCUAGUGAGAUUGAAAAAAAAAAAAUAAAUAAAUAAAAAAGU